AUGAAACGGAAAAAUGACGCCGUCCCGGAGGCCAUGGUGCAACGAUGGUCUCGACCGCCCCUCUCCUGCCGCUUUUGUCGAGCGAAGAAGCUGCGCUGUGAUCGUACCCAACCUUGUUCGAAUUGCGUUCUGAGAAAGGUACCUUGCGAGUAUACAGGUCAGGGUCCAUCGGAUAGUUCGGACGAACUGCGGGGAGCUCAUCUAUCUGGCAAUCAGCCCACUGCUGCGACAGUCUCCAUACAACAGCAACAGCCAGCACCAACUAUACCACCCACCUAUAGCCAGAACACAACUGCUGCAGAUACGAAUGAUAUCUUAAAUCGGGUCGCGAGGCUAGAAGAGGCAGUCUUCGAUCGAAUUCAUAUUCCUCGGGGUGAACGCAUUGCUGAUCUCUAUGACUGCAUGCGAGAUACGAAGAGCAUAUCCAGGUGUCUUCCCCCAUGGACCCAGGCUCGCCAACUAUUAGACCACUUCAACGUCGUCAUUCAGCCAACAUUCGGAGUCUUCCAUAUCCCGUCCACAAAAGAACUAUUAGAUGAAACAUACAGGGGUAUACUCGAGGGCGAGGAGCCAAGCCUCACUGUCCUGGUACUGUUCUUCAGCAUCUUCGCUGGGGCUGUUCUGGUUGCAACCCCCGAACUUCUGCAGUUGCUCAGCGCAACAGAGGCAGAAGCCAAAGCAGCCUUCGCCACAUACGCGCGUUUAGCUCUCUGUAUAAUUGACAACCCGAUCCAGCCAGUGCCGCCAUCAACCACUGCUCUUGGAGCCAUUAGUGCCUUGUCGCGCGUUCUCUUCCAUGCGGAUUGGUAUUCCCACAAAGCCCAAGCACUCAGAAUCGACGCAAUAUGCAUGGCCCGAUCGAUGCAAAUCCACCUGCUAGACACAAUCCAAAAGCAAGACGAAAGAAAACGUUCAAAAUACGAUGCCAUCGAGGUCGAGGUACAGAGACGAGCAUGGUGGCACCUCGUCUCCAACGACUGGAUCACCGCAUUCUCGCAAAGCCCACAAGAAGGCACCUACCUCAUACACCCAAAACAAAUGAAAGUAAACCAUCCCAGCAACAUCGACGACGAAUCCUUAACCCCCACAGGACCAGCAUACAGCUUCCCCCUCUCAGUCCCAACCUCCAUGUCCGUGUUCAUAUUCAGAAUCCACUACGCAGAUCUAUGCCGCGAAAUUAUCGACACCCUAGGAAUGACCCUUCUCGAAUCCUCCCAACCCGACUACAAAACCCUCCUCAAUAUCGACCAUAAAUUCCACACCUUCGUCCAAUCCCUCCCAACCUUCCUCCAAAAUGACCCCGCCAGCAUUCAAGAAAGCCAAGAAAUAACCCAACAACGACCCUACCUCGCCUGGCAACGAACUGUCGCCCAUCUAAGCUUCCACGUCCGCCUCUGCCGCCUGCACCGCCCCUACCACCGCGAAGGCCUAACGAACCCCAAAUACGCCUACUCUCGACUGACCUGCAUUCGUUCCGCCCAAACGGUCCUCGACCUUCGCCGCUCGCUCAAAGACACAGGCGUUCUCGCCGGCUUCAACCCCUCCGAUUACAGUCUUGUCAUGAACCACGUUUUCUUCGCCGCUAUGGUCCUGGCCACGGACGUGUCUAUGAAGCCUACCGCUCCGGGAGCAGAUACCCGCAAGCAGGAAGUCUUGGAUGUUAUCCAUGCACUGGAGAAAUCGCAGAAUGAGUCGGCGUCGCUUAUGGAAGCUAUUAGGAAGAAUACGCAGACGUUGUUGUCUAUUCUUCAGGAAUCUCAGAGGGAAGUGCAGCAACAGGCAGGGUCGCCUGUGAGAACCGAUAGUAUUGCUGUGGCUUCUGGAUCGGGUGGGGCGAUGUCGAGCGCUGCUCCGUCACGGUCCCGGCCUGUCGGGGUGGAUGAGAACAUGACAAAUGCGGCGGCCAGCGGACAUCUUCCUUUGUCGGAUAGCAUGCCUGGCUUGGGUCAUGAAGACGAGGACCCAAUGUGGAGCGGAGCAAGGAGGAAUAGCUGGGGUCAGCUGUGGUCUGAUCUCUUCAAUGUGGCGCCGGAAAUGGAUGGCCUGCAGUGGGAUCUGUUGUUGAAUGAUUCUGACUUGCCCUUCCAGUCGGAAUUUUUCUGA